CGUGAGUGACGCCAGCGAAACUUUCGAGGGGAAGGAGAAUAUAGGAACUUAUAUACGAAUAGAUGCUUGUUUAACCAUCUUCGAAACGUCUACAAAUCACUUGAAAUACUUAGUUCUAGUUAAUCGAUCUCUUAAUAUACUUGACCCGGCAAGAAGAAAGAAUGGCCUCCAAAAGUAAAUAUCCCGACCUAACAGGCUUCAAAGCUCUAAGCUUCGACUGCUACGGCACACUCAUCGACUGGGAAACCGGCUUCCUAAGCACCGUCCGGAUCCUCACCUCGCAGCUCCCGCCCACACACCCCCUCAACACGGACCCGCCAAUAGAAGCCAUGCGGCGCCUCAACGCCAUCACCGACGUCUACGAGCACACGCAUCCCACACUCCUCUACAACGAGAUCCUCGCCGAGUCCAUCACCGCCUUCGCGCGCGACGAGCUCAAGCUCCCCGGACUACCAGACAGCAUCGCCGAGCCCUUCGGCAACUCGCCCGGGUCCUGGGCACCAUUCGCCGACACCAUCCCCGCAUUACUAAAGCUGCAAAAGCGCUACAAACUCGCUAUCCUGUCCAACGUCGACAACAACAACAUCGCGGCAACGGUAGACCAGCGAUUAGCCCCCGCGCGCUUCGACGCGGUCUGCACGGCGCAGGACAUCGGGUCGUACAAGCCGUCGCACGCCAACUUCGAGUACCUGUUCGGACACCUGCGCGCGUAUCUCGGCGUCGACAGGGACGAGGGCGAGCUGCUGCAUGUUGCGCGCAGCUUGACGGCGGAUCAUGUGCCGGCGAAGGAGCUGGGGCUGCCGAGUGUGUGGAUAUCGAGGGGCGGGGAGCGCGAGGACGCGCAGGGGGUGGGGGGCAGUUAUACAGAGUUGAAGGAUAAGGUGGCGUUUGGAUGGCGGUUUGAUACUUUGGGUGAUUUCGCGGAUGAGGUUGAGAGGCAGUUUGCUGCGAAGGAGAAGUCGUGAUGUGGGAUAGGGGUAAUGGAUAGGGUAGGGUUAUAAAUGAAAAGAGAAAUAAAUAAAUAAUAAAAGUAAACCCAUUAUUUUACAUAGUUAAAUAAGAUAUUAUCUCUCGUAAUAUCAUACUUAUACUCAAUCAUUCCUCCCACCUAUCCUCAUAUCCCCAUUUCUAUCCUCACCACCCCUCUCUC